UUCUCGAUGACGCGCUGGGACUUCGCGGCCCUGGGGUGCCCUGGGGUGGGACGGGCGAUCUGGGAUUUCCGGGCGGGUCGGUGCCGCGCCGAUCCGAUCCGAUGCCACCGCAAUGAAUGAACAGGUGGCCGCGACCCACGAGGCGGUCGGAGGGCGAAAGAGGCCGAUCGAUGUUCGUCGGAUGAGGCAUGAAUUUUCCCGGCUUGCCACGGGACUGAUUCAAUGGCUUCUGGAGGGGAUGCGGGAAGCUCCAAAAUGGAUGUUCAAGAGCCGUCAGCAUCAAGCAGCAGUGAGACAAGCAAAACACAGCCCAUCAAUUUGAUAAUCCUCGGCAUGGCAGGAUCGGGCAAAACAUCUUUGGUGAAACGCAUGCAGACGUUCUUGCACUUCAAACAGACCGCACCAUAUGUAGUAAAUUUAGACCCAGCUUGCGCUGAAGUCCCAUACAUCACUAAUAUAGACAUCAGGGAUACUGUAAAGUAUAAAGAGGUGAUGAAGCAGUAUGGCCUUGGUCCAAAUGGGGGUAUUGUCACUUCGCUCAAUCUAUUUUCAACCAAAUUUGAUCAGGUGCUCAAACUGUUGCAUGCAGCAUCCUCCACACACAAAUAUGCCAUACUAGAUACUCCUGGUCAAAUUGAAGUUUUUACUUGGUCAGCAUCAGGAACCAUCAUCACUGAGGCAUUAGCAUCUUCUUUCCCCACUGUUGUUGUUUAUGUAAUGGACACAGUGAGAAGUGUCAGUCCUGUAACUUUUAUGUCUAACAUGCUCUAUGCCUGUUCAAUUUUGUAUAAAACUAAACUCCCAUUUAUUGUUGUUAUGAACAAGACUGAUGUUGUCGAUAAUGCAUAUGCAGUGGACUGGAUGAGAGAUUUUGAGACUUUCCAAGAUGCACUGGAAAGUGAAACAUCUUACAUUUCAAAUCUUACACGGUCAAUGUCUUUGGCAUUGGACGAGUUUUAUUCUGGCCUUCGGUGUUGUGGUGUGUCAGCAUACACUGGUCAAGGGAUGGAGGAGUUAUUCAAACUUGUUGAUGAAGCAGCAGAAGAAUAUAAAAAGGACUACCGAGUCGAAUGGGAAAAACUUAGAACUGAAAAGCUAAAAGAUGAAGCUGCUCAAGCUGAGGAAAAACUUAAGAACCUGGCUUUGGAUUCUGAGCAAGGUUUGGGCACAGCAGUUCCACUGAUCACAUCAGCUGGUAGAGGUCAAGAUCUAGCUGAUAUUUAUUUAAAGCACCCAGCCAAUGAAAGCAGUGAAGAUGAGGAUGGUGAAGAGGAGGGCCAACCAGAGGAUGAUUCUGAAAUGAAUGAAGAAAUAACUUUCCAAUCAUACGUCAACACCAAGAAGGAAGCAAGAAAAGAGAAGUCAUCUUCAUCUGUAAGCAAGGAACCAUGAAAUACAUGAACAAGAGAUUUUUACAUAAAUGA